CUCUGUAGGUCAGCGUGGGCGGCCCCGUGUGGCAGGAGGAGAGCGAAACACGACACCCAUCAGAAGAAGGGGGGGUUGAGAGAACACGAAGUGAGUGCAGUGGAAAAGAAAAAGUCUGCCGAGGAAAGAGAGGAGCUGAGAGAGAGAACAGAGUCGGCUCCGGUUUUUUUUUGUUUUAGUACCUUUGUGAAGCGCCGCCGUUCAGACCGUCGGUGAAGAUGAUGACGCGGAGGAGGAAUCGACCACGCGACACCGUUUCAACAGACGGGGUGAACAUUUAGACUCGUCGCAUUCCGCUACUCCGGCACGAUCAACGGCAGCACGACUCCUCCAAACUUCGACCUGCGCCAUUCAGACCCGGGCGACUGGAACCCCCCCCUCACACACACACACACACACACACACACACACACACACACACACCGGAGGCUCGGGCAACUUUUUUUGGCAUCAGACGCUGCGUGAAAAUAUUCCGGCACAAAACUUUUUCACCAGACGCCGAUGGCUCGAGAUAAAACGCAGAAGUGCUUGUGAAGUUCGCUGCCUCCGUUUUUACAACUUUAAACCGAGUAACGUUUACCGGGGGCAGGUUGUUCUCCAACGAGCCACUCGCGAGAACAACACCGGAGGAAGGAGUGGGGUGUCGUUGCUAACUCUGCUAGCCGACUCGGCUAAACGCUAAAAGUUACGAGUCAACGGGGAAAGUGACCGAAGCAGCGCGCCGAAGACGCCCGCGGAGAUGAAGACCCCGGCGGACCCCGGGUUUGCCUUUCCGGAUUGGGCCUACAAGCCUGAGUCGAGCCCGGGCUCCAGACAGAUCCAGCUGUGGCACUUCAUCCUGGAGCUGCUGAGGAAAGAGGAGUACCACGACGUCAUCGCCUGGCAGGGAGACUACGGGGAGUUUGUCAUCAAGGACCCCGAUGAGGUGGCCCGUCUGUGGGGGGCCCGGAAGUGUAAACCGCAGAUGAACUACGACAAGCUCAGCCGAGCUCUCAGAUACUACUACAACAAGAGGAUCCUCCACAAGACCAAAGGGAAGAGGUUCACCUACAAGUUCAACUUCAACAAACUAGUGCUGGUCAACUACCCCUUCAUCGACAUGGGCUCCGGCCGCGUCCCUCAGAGCGCCCCCCCGGUGCCAACCGGCGGCAGCCACUUCCGCUUCCCCCCCUCCACGCCGUCGGAUGUCCUCUCCUCCAGCGAGGAGCUGCGUAGUCCGGGCAUGUUCAGCAGCGUGGCGCGCCGCAUGGCCCGCGGCUCCGUGAGCGACUGCAGCGACGGCACCUCCACCAACUCGGAGCUGGAGGAGGCCGUGGGGGCCGACGAGCGGGGCGCGGGGCCCGACCGGGCCUACAGGGGCUUGCUCCCUCCGCGUCUGACGCACGACUCCCUCUUCAGGAUCUACCCCAACCCGGGGCUGGGCAGACACGGCCCCAGGCACCACCCGGAGUCUCUGUCUCCGUUCCCCGUCUCCCCGCUGCCGGGCCCCGGGGGGCUUCUGGGCCCUACUUUGUCUCCGGCGCUGUCCAUGACCCCCACCCCGCACAUGCCCUACACACCGUCUCCCUCUAUGUCCUCCCCCAUGCUGGGCUCCCAUUUCUCCUUCAACCCGGAGGACAUGAAGCACUACCUGCAGGCCCACACCCAGUCCGUCUACAACUACCACCUCAGUCCCCGGGCCUUCUUCCACUACCCCAACAUCAUCAUCCCCCAGCCCCACCGCCCCACCCUCGAGAAGCCGGGCGCCCACCACCUCCACGGCCCGCCCCUGCCGCUCGCUCACUCGCUCGGCCACCAGCAAGGGGGCGGGGAGGACGGGCCGCUGCACCCAUCGCCGUUCAAGUUCAAGCUGCAGCCGCCGCCGCUCGGGCGCAAGCAGAGCGAUUCUGGGAGCUCAUUGGCGUCCGCCUCCUCCUCAAGCCAGUCCUCCUCAUACUUAGGGUCCAGCCAGAUAAUCAACUCUGCUGGGCCCCCUAAGAUCAAGGUGGAGCCCAUAUCUGACAUCGAGUCAGAGGAAGAGGUGGAGGUGACUGACAUCAGUGAGGAAGAUGAGCUCAAUCAGAACGACCGGGAUGACGACAUCUUCAGCCCAUCAGCUCGCCACUAUCACCAUCUGCUCAACAGCCAUCACCAAGGCAACGGGAGCGGGAGCAGCCUCUCCGCCCCGCCCCACGGUAACCCCGAAGAUGACCUCGACGACGACGAGGAGGUCUUCAAGACCCCCGCCACCCCUGCCGUCGGCCCCGCCCUCCUCCUCCCGCCAGUCAACCUGAAGAGCGAGCCGGGUCAGGCGGCUCCCAUCAGCCCCGGGGGCACGCUCUGCAUCCCGCUCAAACUGCGAUUCAAGCGCCGCUGGAGCGAGGACCAAAGGAUGGAGGCGGACGGCGAGCGGGAAGAGGCCGAGGACAAGAAAGUCCGGGCUGAGGGGGAGGAGCGUCAGGGGAGGAAAGGGGGGGCGGGAGAGGUGGCGAGCGGCGGAGGAGGAGGAGCAGCGGCAGGGGUCAUUCUGGGCUUGAUGCUGCCGCCGCCCCCCACCCAGCGCAGAGCGAGCUCUGAGCUGCAGAGGGCCACAGCGCAGCUGUCUCUGGAGAACACUGGCUGCUGAGCAUCACAUGCGCACACACACACUCACACACACACACACACAUUCUGCUUGGAAACAAAAGGCUCCGAGUCGUGUCUACAAACGUAAUCGUUUUAGACCAUAAUGCCUUGCGACUUGUGUACAUGGGGGGUUCUGUGUGCUUUAGCUGCAGUAAGUGAAAAGUAAUGUAAGCACACUUUUGAUGUCAGAACAUGUUUCAUAUGUAGGAAAUGUAAAGGAGCAUCAUGUAAAGGAGCAGGGUAUUUUACACUGACCUCGCAGGCUCCUCAAAGGACUCCACGGGACGCCCCCAC